GUGAAUAUCUGGGCCAGGUUGCAUUCAAACUACACAAACAAGUGUUGGCUAGCUUUGCGGAUCAGCUCCGUUUUGAAGUGGCCAACGUGUGAACAACACGUUAACGUUACCUAGCUAACGUUCCCCCCCAGAAACUUAGGACAUGGCGAGUAACAUUCAAUAGUGCUGGCUAGCAACUGUUUGACCUGAAACCAAACACGACUUUGUUCACGGGAGAUGAAGGUUAAAAUCAAGCAGUGGAACGGCGUGGCAUCCUGGCUGUGGAUGGCCAAUGAUGAGAACUGUGGGAUCUGCAGAAUGUCUUUUAAUGGCUGCUGCCCAGACUGUAAGGUUCCUGGAGAUGACUGCCCGUUGGUCUGGGGCCAGUGCUCCCACUGCUUCCACAUGCACUGCAUCCUCAAAUGGCUCAACUCCCAGCAGGUUCAGCAGCAGUGCCCCAUGUGUCGGCAGGAGUGGAAGUUCAAAGAAUGAGCUCAUCCGGAGAACGUCCACUUGAAUGCCUUUCAAAGACUGAAACUGAUGCGUCACAAUCAGAGCAUUCUAAUAAAUAUGCUUUUGUUCUUUUGUUGUACAUUUCCAGCUACUUUGUUUUUCUCUAAAGCUGUCAUUGUUUGUAUUAUGUGGAGGGGUGUGUGAAUAACAAUAAAUGUGAAGAAGAAAUGUGA